GCUUACAGAUGUUUAUAUAAAUAUACACUUCAACUUUACCUUUCACUUAUAUAUAUGAGGACCGGGUAAGCGAUGAAUAAUAAACUGAUCAAUCCAUACCUUACUGGUUCGAUUAAACGGAACCGCAAUAAAAUGCAGCCCUGCUUUUUGCUGUUUUCGUCUGCCUUGAUGUUUCGUUAAAGGUUGUCUGCGCGCUGCUUUGUACGGGUAUCUAUUUAUUUAAUAGAACGGUGAAUUCAAUAGAAUAUAAUAUCACAUUAAAAAUAUUGUUAACAUAUGGUAGAAUAAAAGAGUCAUACUAUAGUAUAAGCCAUAAGAAAAUAACUUCACUUCAGCAGGACAUGGAUAUAUUGGACAUUGACGAAGCAUUAAAAGAUGAUUCAUACAUUUUUCUGGCAGAUAAAACCCACGAUGAUAUAUCGAAUAUUCUUCACCAAUGGAAAACUAAUAAUCAACAGCAGUCGCAUUUGCAGCCGACUAAUGAAGAAUCAUACAAACAUAAUUCAAAAACAUUCACGAGGCCCAAACGAAAAUCACAAGUGACCGAAAAUCUGGAGACUCAAUAUCCACAACCAACAAAUGUCUCCACAUCAGUAACAAAUUCAGGAUCGCCGAUGCUUAGUUUGGAAAUUGGAGGACUUGUGACAAACAUGAAUAAAUCGUUUCUGCAGGACACGUCGCCACCAUCGUCUAUAUGCACAUCAAUGAACAACGGAUGCAUGAAUAAUUCGCUUAUCAGCUCCGCUGACUUUACAAAUCUGAACUUUUUACAAUCGAUUCAAAGUCUGGAACCAAGUCAGACCAGAACGUCAACGCUAUCCAAUGAUAUGGGAUACGCUCUCAGUGAUAUGAUUAGGGAUCGUAAAGUUCUGGAAUCGCUUAGCAUGUCCGGUGAUGGUACACUAAUUAAAGAUUCGCAUAUUGGCCAGAUUGAUGACAUUUCACUGACGCCACUAAGCAAAACAGCAUCCGGUUGCAGCACUAUGGAUAAUAGCACCGAAAGUGUGUCUGCACCAAAUGAAAUGCAAUUACAGUUACAAUUACACACCCACAGUAAGGGUCAGAAUCAUUUGUGUGCGACAAUGAUGUUGAGUGAGGAAUUGAUAGGUGAUACAACAUUUAGUCUGGUCGAUAGUUUGACUACACGUACAACUAUAGAAUCGCCGAGUGAAUUGGAGACAAAUACUACGUUUAAACGGCCUACUGCGGUGCUAAAUGAAACACAGCUGCUUGCGGGGCGACAGGUGAACAGCACUUUUACCGAAGGAUGUCUUACGCCCGAGGCAGCUCGUUGCGAUACGCCUGAGAAUAUUGAGACGAAAUUGUCAUUAAUUCAGAUGCAAUCUACACCCCUGACAACUGUAAACACCCGUUCUCAAUAUAACAAAAGUAAUAAUAAUAAUAAUAAUAAUAAUAAUAACAACAAUAAUAAUAAUAAUAAUAAUAAUAAUAAGAGCAACACUAAGGUGCUUAGCUAUACGCCUACACUGAGAAGCCGAGAUGAAAUAGUAAACAUAUCUCCUAUUGUAAGCAGUAAAAUGCCUCAAAAAAGCUACAAUAAUCAGCAAAAGUUAAACCAUACCUAUGAGCCACCAACGGAAAUAUUAAGCGGUCUUCAACUCAGAGGGGCGCCUGAUAGUUUUAAUAGUCAAAAGUUUGUGCAUGAUACAAUGCAGUUAUUGGAGCAAAUCGAACAACCAGUCUUGGAUGCAACCUACGACAAGUCUGAUGAAUAUUUCCAGAUGCAGUGCGUCUUGGAUUUAGCCGAGGCAGAAGUGGAGCUGCUUGCUCAGCAAGGUGAUGAAGAGCAGUUUGAAUAUAUGCUCGAUGAGCUUGGAAAAGUAAAUACUCCCAACGCAGAGCAGCUAAAAAUGCAAAAAUCAUUGGAUAGUAUUAAACGUCGCUUUCAGAAAGAUGAAGAUCAUCCUUUUCAAGCUGAGCAGCAACAACAGCAACAGAUAGUGAAUUUGGCACAAGUGACGCCCCCAUCAUCAAAGUCGCAUUUAAUGUAUAGUCCAAAUCAAAGUCAUAGCCAAUCUUCCAGCAGCAAUGAACGUUUGCUUAGCCGUCGUAGUCGCCUCUAUGACGAUGUUAAGUUAAAUGCAAUGCAUGACAGUGAUACCAGCAGCGCUAGUUGCAAUUCCACAUCUUUUAUUGUUCAUCGACGCGAGGAGCCGGCAAACACAUCGGAGAUAUGCAUACCACUAAGUGAGACUGAGAAGCACGUGCCGGUUGGGGAAGUGGGGCAAAACCAGAUGACAAUAGAAUGUGAAUCAGAUAACUAUAAGAUAACUGAGCGUCGCAAUAGAGAUCGCGAGCGUUUUAAGACCAUUAAAAUAAGUAAGGAAAUGCGCGCACCUGACGAGCAGCAAGGACACAUUAUUGUGCCCUGUAUUGAUGAUGAAGAUUCUCAGGUUCAGUCAUUGGAUUCAGCUAAAACAGAGGAUCGAGAACAAACAUCUCAAAAACGGCUUUCGCGACUUGAUCAAAAAUAUGGAAACAUAAACGGCUCAGAUAACGAUGCCACUGGAGUCAAAAAUUACUUGACAUACAAAAAGCCAAAAGAGAAAAGCUCACUAAUGCAACAACAGCGAACGAAUGCGGAUCCCUUGGCAUCCGAAUGUGGACAGAUUGCGCGACCUCAGCCACGAUCGCUAUCUCGGCCGCGCUACAUUAGUGGUUUGCAAAAGGUCAGUACUGUGGGCAAAGCAACAUCUGCUGGCACUGGUCUGAACGCUGCAUCAUCUGCAACCUCAAGGGCAACAGCGUCGAAAACAGUUCCAAAAACCGGUGAUUUAGGAGGGCUAAAAAGUCCGAUGGGAAUAAAGUCCAAGUCAUUUCAUAACCUGUCCUCUAACAUUAGCAGCUCAAUGGGUACUGGUGGAACUGUAGAGGUGUUGGCACCUCGGCAGAGUAUAGGUGGUGCCCUGAGAACACCCAGCAUCCAAGUCAGCAAGCUGUCAAAUGUAUUUCGAGCAGCACAACAGAACGAGGAUGAAACUUCCGUAUUCAAAGUGCCCAAGUUUGUCGGCACUUUACGUGCACCAACGACAGCUGGAGGUUCAAGCAAGCGAGCUGCGGGAAAUGGACUGGCGCGCCCCUCAUCCGGCUAUUAUAGCCUAAGUAUGAGAGGAGGUGGUGAUUCUGAAACACCUGAGAGCCUCUCUUCUGCAUCCUCACGUGGGAGUCUGUAUGACAAGGAUACGAAACAAAGUGAAGCGUUUGAAACACAGGCACUAGGUUUGAAGUUGACACAAGUGACAACAGGUGCAUCGGGCAUUCCAAAGCCGUCAGGUCUUCGACAACCAACACAAAUGAAACGCAGUGGGUUACCGCGACCGUCUAGCAUUUUAAGGCGUUGACCUAAAUGAAAACCGAGAAUCACAUUUGCGACCAAACCGAAAACCCCUUUAGAGCUUUGUUUAUAUGAUGACAUGCAUAUUAUUUCCCGUGCCUUUUUUCGCUACCGCCUCUUACUCACUGUCAAUAUCAAAUUUGUUGCUGUAAUACCCAUUCUAC